AUGCAAGCUUUCUACAACGGGCUUGGAUAUAAUUCAAGAAUAAUUUUGGACUCUGUAGCUUACGGAAGAUUUAUGAAUUUAGAUGUGAAUAUAGCGAGUCAUAUGGCUCAAGAAUGCACCAGUUCGCUUGAGAAGAUUAAUUCUUUUCAAACCUAUAAACAAACUAGUCCAUACUCUAACAGCUACAAUGCAGGGUUGAGAAAUAACCAAAAUAUGUCGUACAAUAGUAUGAAUGCGCCUAACCCCCCACCACAGGGUAUAACUCCAAAGAAGGAUAAAAAUCAAGACAAGAAUGGAGAUGUACAAAAACCAGUUAUCAAACUACCAUUUCCAAAUAGACAUCUUAAGAGUAAGCUAGAUAAGCAGUUUGAUAGAAUCGAACUUCUGAUUGAUCCUGGUACUUGGAAUCCUAUGGAAGAAGGUUUAACUGAAGCUGUUCAAACAGGUAUAGGUCAACUAAACGGUAUUCAUGUAGCAAUUGGUGUUAUGGAUUUUCAGUUUAUGGGAGGCAGUAUGGGAUUCGUAGUAGGGGAAAAGAUCACCCGAUUGAUUGAGUAUGCUGCUAAUAAAUUACUCCCCCUUAUCUACAAGUAA